AUGACAGCUUCAAUUAUUGAUGGAAAGGCAAUAAGUGCCGAUCUGCGCUCCAAGAUUGCUAAUGACAUCAAGGAUUUGCAGGAAAAGAACCCAGGCUUCCAGCCCAAACUGGUCAUCAUUCAGGUUGGUGAAAGGCCAGACUCCUCAAUCUAUGUCAGAAUGAAGCUUAAGUCUUGUUCGGAAGUUGGCAUUGAAGGAGUAUUGGUGAAAUUAGAUGGCAAAAUUAGUCAGGAGGAGUUGCUAGCUAAAAUCGCCGCUCUCAACGAAGACUCAACGGUUCAUGGAAUCUUGGUCCAGCUACCUCUUCCCAAGCAUAUCGACGAGGAAUUGAUCACGAACGCUGUUAAGCAAGAAAAAGACAUUGAUGGAUUCUCAGAGCUCAACUUGGCUGCAAUUUUCAAGAAAUCUGCAUCACCAAAGUACGUUCCGUGCACUCCAAAGGGAAUAGUUUACAUGCUGGAGCAAGAGGAUGUGACCAUUGCAGGCAAAAACGUGGUUGUUUGUGGUAGAUCUGAUAUUGUGGGCGGUCCCUUGGCGAAAUUGCUUGAAAAGAAGGGUGGUACCGUAACAAUUAUCCACUCAAAGUCCACACCAGAGCAGCUGAAAUUCUUCGUUUCGAACGCAGACAUCGUCGUUUCUGCAGUGGGCCAGGCCAACUUCAUCACCGGAGACAUACUGAAGCCUGGAGCUACGGUCAUCGAUGUGGGAACCAACUACGUUGCUGAUGAGACCAAGAAGUCUGGCCAAAGAAUGUGCGGCGACGUGGACUUCAACAGUUGUGUGCAAGUUGCAGGAAAGAUCACACCAGUACCAGGUGGAGUCGGCCCCAUGACCGUGAUCAUGGUGCUACAGAACGUCCUCGAGAGCUCCAAGAGAGCCGCUGGGCUGCUGUAG